UAAAAGACUUCAGUUUCAUUUUUUUUCUUCUCAGAGGACCUGUUUGACUAUGGAUAGCUUUAAGUGGGUAGCAGGAAUACCGUUUAAAUCCUCACAAUUUCUUUUCCUUGAGUCUGCGGAAAAUCCAGAUCAAUUCAUUCAGAAAGAUCUACUGCCUCAAGAAGAGCAUCUGCAGCAAAUUGAUGAGAGUAUUUACAGUGUCUGUGAGUUCUUGAAGAAAAGGCUUCCUAAUGAAGUGAAGGCUGUGGUUCUGGGUGGAUCCUAUGGUAGAGACUCUGUUCUCAAAGGUUGCUCUGAUGGCACACUUGUCAUCUUCCUCAACAAACAAUUUGAAAAUGGCAUUGCCCAGAAGAGGCAAAUUAGAGAGGUGCUGGAAAUGUGGGAGCCAUGGACAAAAAGGCAGGUAGAGAUGAUAGGGGGUAAGCUCCAGCUGGUGCUGACAACAUCUGAGCUGCAAAUUUCCUUUGAGGUACUUCCUGUCUUCAGCGCCUGGGUUAAGCCAAGUGCCUGGCAUUCCCGUACAUUGGCAUCAAACUAUAAACCAAGCCCUGAAGUUUACCGGAAUCUGAUAAAGUCAGAAAACUCUGCUUGUGAAUCAUCAGUCUUCUUUACAGAACUACAAGGGAGUUUUUUCAAAACUCGCCCCCGAAAACUGAAGAACCUAAUACUCUUGGUGAAGUGUUGGUAUCAGCAGUACCAAAAGAGACUGUGGAAAGAUUCCUUUCCCCUGCAAUAUGCCCUGGAGCUGCUCACAGUCUAUGCCUGGGAGCAGGGGAGUGACCAGGAGGAAUUCAACACAGCUGAAGGCAUCCUAACAGUCCUGGAGCUGAUUUCACAAUAUGACAUGCUCUGUAUCUACUGGACAGUCAACUACAACUUUGAGGAUGAGACCAUCAGGAACUACUUACAGAAUCAGCUCCGAAAAGCCAGGCCAAUAAUCCUCGAUCCAGCAGACCCAACUCAUAAUGUCAGUGGAAGCGACCCCGAGCCCUGGGAACAGCUGGCCAAAGAAGCGAAACACUGGUUGCUUUUCUCCUCUAGUAGGAAGGAUACUAUGUCAUCUUUGCUGCCCUGGGAUGUACUGCCUGCAUCUCUUUAUGUAACUCGAGGUCACUGGCUUGAUACGUUCAUCAAGGAUUUUCUCCAACCUGAUAAAACAUUCCUGGAUCAGACUAGAGCAGCUGUGGACAUCAUCUGUACAUUCCUGAAAGAAGAAUGCUUCCGAAAUUCACUUACAAAGGUUGAAAAAGUUGUGAAGGGAGGAUCCUCUGCCAAAGGUACAGCCCUGAAAAGAGGCUCUGAUGCAGACUUGGUUGUCUUCCUCAGCUGCUUCAAAAACUACAGUGAUCAAAAUGCCAACAGGGCCACCAUCAUAAAGGAGAUCCAGAAGCAGCUGGAAGUCUGUAAGCAGAAGAAGCAGUUUGAAGUCGAGUUUGAGAUCUCAAAGUGGGAGAACCCACGGGUGCUCAGCUUCACCCUGAAAUCCAAAAGGCUCAACGAGAGCCAAGAAUUUGAUUUGCUGCCGGCUUUCAAUGUCCUGGGUAAGGCCUUCCUUGGUCUUGAUUUUAGGGGAGAAGGAAAAGAUCCCUAGGACAAUAGAGAGAAUAGAUGGGGAGGGAGCUACAAGGUUUACUUAACCCAACAGCAAGCUUCAGGAGCAGCAGGUGAUUCUCUCCACAAAAAGGCACUAUGAGCUCUUCCAGAGUAGGGGACCCCUUUUCAGAGUGAGGUACCAGGAGGA